AUGGAGGAGAAAAGAUCAAACUACCACUGGGCGGAGUCUGAUUUAUCUGGAUGGGCAAAAGACAAGAUCAAAGAAGCACUGGAAACCAGGGAUUACAAAGUGUAUGAGAUGGAUGUGAUGGUUAAGAUAUGCCAAAGAAUGAACACCUUGGGACUUGUGUAUAUGAUAAGUUUUGAGUGCACAAAGGAUGGAAGACACUGUGGGGUAAGGAACUUCUACUCUGUGUCUGAAAGGGCCGAUGGGAUGGAAGACUUCGGAUGGUUUCCGGAGUUCUUCAAAGAGAUGGAGUCAGAGGCGGUUCUCAAGUUUGGAAACAGGGUUCUGGAUAUCAAUAAGGAAGUAGGAGAGAGGAAGCCCUGCACUAGGAAGAUAGCUGCAGAGGAGGCGAAGGCCAUAGAUGUGACCUACAAGGCAACCAUUAACUGUGAGGUUGGCGAACUCAAGAAUUUCAUUUUGUCCAAGGAAUACGUUUCCAUGUGGACCGGGCAUAGGGCAUCCUUUGAGGGAGACGAUAUUUUGAUUGACAAUGUAGUUAUUCGAGAGCUAAGGGAGGAGGAUGGAGAAAUCAAAAUGAAAUGGAGACUUAAGGAAUGGAAUAGCUUUACGGAGGUUAGAAUACUUCUUGAAGAAUUCCUCAAUAGCUCCAAAGUGACCUUAAGACAGAAGAAUGUUCCGAUCAAAGAGGAGGGAAGUGUUAGGAUGUGGUGGAACGAGAGGGUAUUUGUUCCUAUUACGGCUUGCUUUGGCUUUGUACUGAAGCCUUCUGAGUAG